UACAAGGCUUUGAGCGACUUGCACUGUGUGACUACCGCUUCAUCCAUUUACUGCAUAUCCACGCAACCAUGCACCUGACUGUUCUUCUGCUGGUGGUCCUACAAAACACCAGUAUUUAUACUUCAUCAGCCAAGCCCGUGGCCACUGCGGCCGCUGCCGUACUUGACACGCCGUUCACACUACAAUGUCGGAAUAAUUCGUUAACGCACCGUGAGGAGCAGGCCAGGAACUGUAGUUGGACCAGAAACAACAAACCGAUACGGAAAUCUAACACAAACUUCAAUAUGGAAGGAUUUAAACUGAAGAUCAGACGUUUCAUCUGGAGAAGGAAACAGCAAUUUCAGUGUUCCUGCAUUCCAAGUCGAAGUCAAUCCUUCACUAUUACAGCUGAACGUGCUCCGCAUGUCAACGUUAACAUGGCGCAAGGGUCCGGCAGAUGGGAGCGGAUUCAUUUCAACCUCACUGCAAAGCCCGAACCUGUCAUUACCGACUGGUAUGGAAUCCUGUCCAAUGGAAUUUUGUCCCGAGUGGAUCCUACGAGAAGUCGCACAGAACUGAAGCACAUUUCCGGUAUAUCUUACCGCUUGCAGCUCGACCACGUGGAUGUCACGGACAAGGAUGCUGGGGUUUACAUCGUCAACGUCUCCAACGCCAGGGGCAGCUACGUUUUCAACUACAGCAUUGUUGUUCGUGAUGAAAUGAAUACUGACCUACCUUCCUCGAGUCCGCUUUUCAUCGGCGCGUCAGUAGCAUUGGCCUUGGGUAUCCUGGCUCUGGUUGUGGGAUGCUGUUUGACGUGUAAAGCCAUGUCAGCAGGGCUGGGAAAGCGUGCAGCUGGUAAGUAUCGAGUGACAUACAUUACGCCAAGAACCGGGCAGCCUGAAACUAUUGAAGAUGAACCAGGAUCCGAGUGGGAGUCUGAAAGCAUCAAAGAUCUGGGGUUCGCUGUGUCGGGGGGAGUCACAGACGACUGCAUAUACGAGUCGAGAGACUAUGAACUGCCACACAAUGCAACUAUCAACAAGCAUUAAACACUUCAAUGCGUGAAUUUUAUUCAAUGUAAUUUCUGAAUCAGUCUUUAGGGCCUAUGGACUACUUCCAGUACUGAGACGGGGCACAGCUUACUUCCAGUACCAGAUUUUCGGUGAUAAAUGUAUAUUCAAGAACCAGUUCUGGUUCCAAAUUUCGCGACUGCCAAAUAUGACGUUACUAGACCGGACCAAGAACACAGCCAUGCUUGGCUGUCACAGAUGUUGACAGUCGUAAUAGUUGGCUAAUUUGGGGGUGGUUAUAUCGGAAAUUUGUUAUACCUGCAGGGAUUACCGAUUCCUUACUGUCAAAUGACAACCAUGAGACAAUUCCAAAAGGUCUGUUUGUCACUGAGCGUAAGCGUAAUGUGGGCGGAAGGCUGGAAGUAGAGCAGAUCUCAGGCGUUUACCGCUCCGGUUAAACCCGCCGGUACAUGUGUGGUGUGGCUGACAAACCCCAAAAUGACCAGUGCCAAUUUGGAAACCAGUCUAUCAAAGUUUUGGGGGCAGCGUUCUACGACUGGGGAUGGGGACUCCACACAGGGAAUCGAACCAGGGUCUUCGGCGCGACGAACUACCAGACUACCCAACUGCCUCUUUUCAACGGGAUGAAAACAUUUUUCUUUUCACAACUCUUCACUCUUCACAGUUAUAGUAAGUCGAUAUCGAAAUUGAUGUAUAUUGUUAAACUCACAUCUUUAUAGCGUGGAAUGUAUGUACUUAAAUAAAAUUAUUAAAACCCA